AAUGGCGGACGCAGCUCCAGCCCGUAGUGGAUUCCGAGGUGGUUUUGGUUCUCGCGGUGGUCGAGGUGGACGCGGUCGUGGUCGUGGACGCGGCGCACGUGGCCGUGGUGGCAAGGAGGACUCCAAGGAGUGGGUGCCAGUCACCAAACUCGGUCGUUUAGUGCGCGAGGGCAAGAUCAAGUCGCUGGAGGAGAUCUACCUAUACUCGUUGCCCAUCAAAGAGUUUGAGAUCAUUGAUUUCUUCCUUGGCUCUUCGCUGCGCGAUGAGGUUUUGAAGAUCAUGCCUGUGCAGAAGCAGACGCGUGCUGGUCAGCGCACACGUUUCAAGGCCUUCGUUGCUAUUGGUGACAACAACGGCCACAUUGGCUUGGGCGUUAAGUGCAGCAAGGAAGUGGCCACAGCCAUUCGUGGCGCCAUCAUCCUGGCCAAGCUCUCUGUGGUUCCUGUACGCCGUGGAUACUGGGGCAACAAGAUCGGCAAACCCCAUACAGUGCCCUGCAAAGUGACUGGCAAGUGCGGUUCUGUCUCUGUACGUCUCAUUCCGGCUCCCCGUGGUACUGGCAUUGUGUCAGCUCCCGUUCCUAAGAAGCUGUUGAUGAUGGCUGGUAUUGAGGAUUGCUACACGUCGGCUCGUGGCUCCACUGGUACUCUGGGUAACUUCGCCAAGGCUACCUAUGCUGCCAUCGCCAAGACCUAUGCUUAUCUGACGCCUGAUUUGUGGAAGGAGAUGCCUUUGGGUGCCACACCCUAUCAGGCUUACUCCGACUUCUUGUCUAAGCCCACAGCCCGUCUGCACGCUGAUGCUUAAGCGAACCAGUUUUUUUAAAUAAAAAACAUCUGCACUCAUUUCAUUCUGA